GGCUAGACAAGGAUGAAGAAGAGGCAGCUGGUUAUUAGUAAUGAGCCGAGCAUCUAAGCCAGUGUACUCUACAUCUCUGCUUAAGUGUGCAUCAAAGACUCAGGAGGCUCUUCAUUCAAGCAACUUGGUAGCCUCUGACUGGGAAGGUGAAUCUUGGGAGAUGGAGUCCAGCUGCCAAUGUCAGUUCGACGACUCAUCACACCUGGCCAAUUCUUGCGGCAUUGCCAGCAAUGUGACACUGAUCAUGUCACUUGUCGAUCUCCUUAUUAGAUCCAACUGCAAAAUGGCCGAUCCUUGCCGGAGGGCUUCACGCAACCUGGAAAUGAAUGAAAAUAAAUUUGACUUCAUUGUGGUUGGAGCAGGUGUAGCAGGAUCAGUUGUAGCUUCGAGACUCAGUGAAAUGGGCAAAUGGAGAGUACUUUUACUGGAGGCAGGACCUGAGGAACCAACCACCACAUCCGUUCCGGCCUUCGCAGUUUCUGCCAUUGGCACGCAGCUCGACUGGAAGUACAGGACUCAGCCUCAGUCAUCAGCAUGCCAAGCCAAUGGUGGAGUUUGCAAAUGGCCCAGGGGGAAAAUGGUUGCUGGUACUGGUGCUAUGACAGGAAUGAUGUACACUAGAGGACAUAAAGACGUAUUUGACAACUGGGCUAGUGACGGAAAUACUGGCUGGAGCUAUGAAGAAUGUCUACCCUACUUCAAAAAAUCCGAAACAAAUUUGAACCCUGACAGUAUUGACAAAGAUUUCCAUGGAAAAUCGGGUCCAAUGACAGUGCAGCGGUUUCCCUACCAGCCACCAUUGAUACGUGACAUGAUCAAAGCUGGUGAUAGUAUGGGAUAUGGGGAGAAGGAUCUCAAUGGAAGAAAUCAGACAGGAUUUGCCAUAGCUCAAGUGAUGGUCAAGGAUGGUAUGAGAGCAAGCUCUGCCAGAAUGUAUUUGCGUCCUGCUAUGAAAAGAAACAAUCUAUUCGUGAAAAUCAACUCUCAUGUUACGAGGGUUAUCAUUGACAGAUGGACUCGCAGAGCUACAGGGGUGGAGUACCGUGAUGCUGAAGGAAACACCCAUAAGGCUACAGCACUGAAGGAGGUCAUUCUAUCAGGAGGAGCAAUUGGCUCACCUCAUGUUCUGUUACUUUCUGGAGUAGGUCCAAGGAGUGACUUGAAGAAGCUUGGGAUUCCAGUGGUCAAGGACUUGAAAGUUGGACACAACCUUCAUAACCAUGUUUCCAUAGGUUUCAGCUUCUUCAUCAACGAUCCCAAUAAACGAAUGCUAACAAUGGAUGCUGUCCAUCAAUAUAUCAACUCCAGAAGUGGUCCUCUUUCAAGCACGGGUCUUACACAGAUGACAGCAUUCUUGAAAUCCAAGUAUGUCAAGGACAACAUUCCUGAUCUUCAGUUGUUUUUUGAUGGCUAUUCUGCAAGCUGUUCACACAGUGGGAGAUCAGAUGAAUGUGGGGAUGGGAAAAUUGGAUCGUGUGGAAGGAGAGCAAUUAAUGCUCGUCCUACAAACAUCAUGACGAAAAGCAAAGGUCAUCUGUCAUUGAAGAGCACAGAUCCACUUGAACACCCAGCUAUCUACCCCAACUACCUCACAGAACAAGAUGAUGUCAAUGUUUUGAUUGAUGGUAUCAAGUUUAUGAUACAAAUGACAAAAUCUGAGAGUCUCAAGAAAUGGGGGUUUGAACUUAAUGAGAAACCAGCAAAAGGAUGUGAACAUAUCAAGUUUGCAUCGAAUAAAUAUUGGGAGUGUCUGAUUCGUAAUCAUACCAGCCCUGAAAACCAUCAAGCUGGAACUUGUAAAAUGGGACCAGUAGGAGAUCCAACGGCUGUUGUUGAUCCUGAGCUUCGUGUUCAUGGGAUAACUAACCUACGAGUCAUAGAUGCUUCUAUUUUCCCACUUGUACCAAAUGCUAAUCCAAUAGCAAGUAUAAUUAUGGUGGCUGAAAAGGGAUCCGAUAUGAUUAAAGCAGCCUGGGCUCUCAACCCAAAAGAUAAUAACUUUGAUCAGAAUGAAACAGAAGAAGACAAUCCUACACCAGAAUCUUGACUUCCAUGAUGAGAACCCUUAAAACAAUUCAAUCGUAUUAAUUACUGAGGAUAUUCAUUGUAUCAAUGAGUCAUCCAUAGAUAGUCGUCAUAAUUAAUCAUCGGUUUCCCCUCACAAUAAAUUGAUUAAAUCCAUCAAACAUGUCACUUUUUAAAAUAAAUUAACCUCCCAGAUCCAUGAAAGCACAGUGCAUUCAUUGAUCCAUUAAUAGGAACUGAUGAAGUCUUUUAUGACGUGUAAUAUGAAUAAAGAAGAGAAAAAUAUGAAAAUGCGAAGUUUUUAAAAAUUGCUAAUAAUACAACGGAUAAUGCAGAGCUACAGUGAAAUAGAGGAGAAUUAAAAACAUUUCAAAUUGAUGUAUGUAUUCGACAAUUAUUUAUUUUAAUGAGAGAACUAUUCAUUUUCACGAAAGUCAUUUUAGUCUAUUUAUAUUUAAAAUCAGUAUUUAUCUCCAAUCCGAUCCUUGAUCAUUUAUUCUCAUCCUUUUAUUUCACUUUCAUUAGUCAUCAUUCAAUAAAAAGAUCAAACUGGAAUUAAUAAAAAUUGAGGAGUUUCAUAAAGAAGCUGUAAGAAAAUGGAAACUAAACUCAAUUAUCUUAGAGGAACAUUAAGCUAUUAACCCUUUUAAACGUUAUCUAUGUCUUAUUAGCUCUUUGAAUGCAACUAUGAUACAUAUGUACAUACAUAUAUGAUAACGUAAGACCUACUCACAUUUAUAACGUCUAUUCACUUCACUUCACAUUUAUGAAGCCUAUUCACUUCACUUUCCACUAAAUAUUUUUUAUAAGCUUCCAAUGCAUGUUCUACACUGCAUGAAGUAUUACAACAUAGAACCAAUACAUUCACUUCACACUCCAUUUGAUAUAUGGCUUUAAUGAGAAGUGAAAUAAAAGAACAUUUUUGUAGAACAAGUAGAAUUUCACGCUUCAUUGCAACAGAUAAAUUUGAAAUGUAUUUCUAUAAAUCCAUAUCACCAUUAAUGUCAACUUGUCUAUGAUAGGUACUUAGCAAGUGAUCAAUAAGGAUGGAGGUUAUCAACGCAAAUCAAUUUGAUCAUUAACUGUCAUCGAACACCAAGAGUUUGUUUUUUAUGUAUUUGUACCAAACACCAUUCAUAGAUUCUAGCUUAUUGGUGAAUUGGACUAGAGCUUCAUUAUUUUUUAUAUCAACUAAAAUAGUUUUCUAAUCUUGGAUAAAUAUUUUAAUUUAUUGUAUUAGAAUAAAACUCAUUGUGAAAACAUAUACGUGCGUACAAGUUUAUUAUUAGUGAAGUUAGUACCAGCGUCCAGCUUAUGUAGCGUAGUCUACUGUUCAUAGUGUACUGACUGAUUUUCAUAGUGGUUCUAACUUGAUAGGAAUCUAACACAUUUCAUUGAAUUUGAAUUUCAAAUACAAUUUACUCCGAAAAGCAUAACUUACAAUGAUUCAAGCUAGGUCUGAUGUUGAUCAUUCAAAUUAUUUGAAAUCUUUAUUGAAUUUAUGCAACCUCGAUUUUCAUGAAUGAACCUUGAUUGAUGAUUUAACAGGAAAAUGUUAAUGGAUUUUUUCAUAUUGAACUCAUCAAGUGAAUCAUGGAGUGAGUAUAUUUCUAUGCUAGAUCUAGAGGCUUCUGACAACCUAUCGAGGAAGAAAAGAGGAAGAUGAAUAUUUUCAAGAAAAUUUGAAUUGUUAACGAUAGAAUCUAAUUGAAGAACACAUUAGAAGGUAAAAAAGAUAGAAACAUUCUAUAAACCAUGAUAUCAAAAAUAUAUAGUUUCAUUGAAAGUAUAUUCAUUCAAAAUCAGUAGCUUUUGAUAUGAUGUAAUCAAGUAUAUAAUUCAACAUUACUUUACUAUUGUAGCUCUGAUCCAAAAUUAUUGUAAAGUUAUUGAAAAUUGAAUCUGUACAGAAUUAAAUAAUUAUUUAGG